AUGAUGGACGUGAGGGAUGUCAUCACGAUUUCCCCACUGGGAAUAUCAAAAACUAAGAACGUUCGACCAGAUACGCUUGAUUUGCAAGUUCCCAUUUGGAUAUCUGAUGCAUCAUUCGUUGAAGGAUAUGAAGACAAACUUUUCGUCACAUCUUCGAAAUAUGGUGAUUUUUGCGUCUAUGACAUCCGCAGCGGUCAGCGUCGCCCAGUGUCAAGGUCAGCAUGGCGCAUCAGCCGAAAGUUGGGCAAGAAAACAAUUGGGACUGGACACAACCCAGCAAUGCUCCGUGACCUCGCUGUAACCCGACCUAUAACGCGAUGCAUCGCCUACACGUCAGGCCCAGGAACUGGUCUAAGAGCGGUGGCUGGGAAUGCUAUCGGCGACAUUUGUCUCCUUGACUUUCGGGUACCGCAUGUAAGCCUUGUUCGUGGCAGCGAAGCCGAGAGCCGUAAAAUGGCGCCAUCGGUUGGUUCUAGAGCUGCUGCACCGCCAGAACGAGUGCAAACUUUCUCGCCAGCCGUUGGGGCGAUCUCAGGUCUGGUCUGUGGUGGGGCCGGCUGCGCCAACUUACCGCAUCUGUCAGUUUUUGCUGGCAUCAAUGACCAGCCGGUGGUCAUGUCAUCCUCGAUUGAUCGAUUCUUCCGUGUAUAUAAUCGCGACUCGGGGGAGCUUUUGGCCAAGAUCUUCGCAAAGACCCCCAUUUCCACCUUCCUGAUACGCAAUUCCGCCGAGUUCCCGAUGAACGCUCAAGCAGGAAGCCCCAAGUCGACACUCACAGGAGCUGCUAGAGAGACUCCUGGUUCGGUGAGUGAAGAAGAAUUUGAUGAGAUUUGGGACAACAUGCAGCCCGCCGCGCAGCAAUGGGAGCCGCCUGUGAAGAGACCAAAAAAUGUGAAGAACACCUGCUAG